CAAAAGUCCACCACGUCAAUCCGACGCCUCCUCCUCCUCCUGCUCCUCCACCACCACCGCAGCCUCAGCUCUCGCCCUCGACCCGCGCAGUCGGCCGCCCCGCGACACUCCGUCGAUUGCGACCUCCCCGCUGCUCGCUCGCUCUCCUUCCCCCGUCGACCGACCCUGACAUGGCGCCGGCUCUGACUGCCUCGGCGGCGAUGGGCGUCGUCGCCCGGCGACAGCUCCUCGUCCCGACCACCGCCUCGUCCGCGCCCCGCGUCGCCGUCCGGAUACUCGCACAGCAGCGCGGCUACGCGACACCAAAGGGCCCCCCUCCCGCCAACUUCCGCACGAGCAGGCGCACCGAGUGGCCGUGGGACAAGGAGAGCACGCUCGACCGCAUGGGCAAAUUCUUCCUCUUGACCGAGAUGGCGAGGGGAAUGUACGUCCUGCUCGAGCAAUUCUUCCGGCCUCCGUACACCAUCUUCUAUCCCUUUGAAAAGGGACCCAUCUCCCCCCGAUUCCGUGGCGAGCACGCCCUCCGACGAUACCCCUCUGGCGAAGAGCGCUGCAUUGCCUGCAAGCUGUGCGAAGCUAUUUGCCCGGCUCAAGCCAUCACCAUCGAGGCCGAGGAGCGUGCCGAUGGCUCCCGCCGUACCACCCGUUAUGAUAUCGACAUGACCAAGUGCAUCUACUGCGGCUUCUGCCAGGAGUCGUGCCCCGUCGACGCCAUCGUCGAGAGCCCCAACGCCGAGUACGCCACCGAGACGAGGGAAGAGCUUCUGUACAACAAGGAGAAGUUGCUCUCCAACGGCGACAAGUGGGAGCCCGAACUGGCAGCCGCCAUCCGCGCCGACUCGCCGUACCGGUAAAUCACCGCGCCAUCGACGACGACGACGACGACACCCGCACGCCCGCUCUGCCGAGAGCCGCCGCCCAUCUCUUGACUUCGGUGGCGGCGACAGCGGCAGCGGCAGCCAAAUACACACCACCUGUUGUUACCACAAAAAUCCCAAAUCGAUUUCGGGCUUUUUUUUUCAGUUUUGUGUUCCACAUGUACCGGUAGUAGUAAAAGGACGGGGUAGAGGGGAUGAGGCGAGAGAAUUGCGGGUGCAAGGGCCGAAAGGGGUCAAUUGGGACAAGCCUGACGACGGUGUAGUUGGUCGUGCGGCUGUGCCGAUGGUUGAGUGGAUGAGGAUGCGUGAGCUGUGUACAUAUCCAGAGGCAGGCAGGCAGGCAGGCAAGAGACAAUGCAUAUUCACCACCAGCUCGCCCGCAAGAUAAUUCCGUUCUCCAUGGCACGGCAUCUCUGCUGGUCUCGCUCAUUGUGUCCUGCGAGCGUGCGUGGG